GGUCUUACUGGGCGGCAGGGUGGCAGAGGAAGUAGUGUGGGGACGGGACAGCAGCACGUACAGUCAGCGCCACGUGGCGGAUGCUUCCUGGAUGGCCUACAAGUUUGUCUCCAUUUGGCACAUGGCAGGCAAGGUUCUCCCUAGGGGCAUCCCCCCGGCCUGGAAGCGGCGCAACACUGCAAGCGGCCCCUCCCUGGCGUUCGAGGGGAGCCUUUACUCUGACUACGGGUUCACGGGGGCGAAAAUCAGCGAUCAUGCUGAUGACGUGGCAGCUGACAUGGCGCAGGCCCUGCUGGACGAAGCGUACGCUGCCACGUGGCAGCUGCUGGUGGACCACAAGGCGGCUCUGGUCAAGACGGUCAACGUGCUAAUGGCGAAGGGGGAGAUCCAGGGAUCGGAUCUCGAUAUUAUCCUGGACGCCUACCCUGCAGGAACACCUGUUCAGGUGGUUGAAACAGAGGCUGCACCUGAGGAACUACCUGAAGCGUUUGCAGGGCAUUCAGGGGAUACCGAGAGCGAGGGGGAGGAGGGAGGGGAGGAGGAGAGCAGGAGGAGGAGGAGGAGGAGGGAGGAGGGAGUGGAGAUUGCGAGGGGGGAGGAUGGGGUGAGAGUGAGUGAGGGAGAGGGGAGGGAGUUGAGUGGGGAGGAGGAGAAAGAGGAGCAAAGAGAAUCUGAGUCACUGGAGGUGGAGGGAGAGGGAGAGGGAGAGGGGGAUGGGGAAUGGGUGGAGGAAGAGGAGGAUGGGGAUGAGGAUGAAAGGCUGAUUUUGGAAGCUGUUGAAUCUGCAGGUAAGAAACCAGCAGUGGGAGUAGCAGUAGCAGUAGCAGCAACGUCAGCACCAGCAGCAGUAGCACCAGCAGCAAGACCAGCACCAGCAGCAGGAGCAGCGCUGGUAGCACCAGCAGCAGCAGAAAUUGCAGCAGCAGUACCACCACCAGCAGCAUCACCAGCAGCAGGGGCGGUAGUAGCCACAGCAGCCGAUGGCACGAAAGCAGCUGCCAUAGGGGCAACAGCAGGCAGCUGUGAAAAACUCAAUGGGGCUGCUGUGGGUGGAAAGGGGGAGGAGGCGAGUGGGGCGGAGAGAGGGAAGGAGAGAGGGGAGGAGAGAGGGGAGGAGAGAGGGGAGGAGAGAGGGGAGGAGAGAGGGGAGGAGAGAGGGGAGGAGAGAGGGGAGGCGAGAGGGGUGAAGAGAGGGGUGAAGAGUGGGGACAACUCAGAAUUUACGGUGUACCACUACAACAGCGAGGGAGAGACUGCAAGUGGAUCUGAUUCUGAUUCAGAUUCGGAAUCGGAUUCUGAUUCUGAGGGGGGAAGCAAACCCCACGGUUCGGCUGCACAGGGUGGUGUCAAGCCAUGGGGCGGUACGGAAACAAAUGGAACGCUGGGAAAGCGGAAAUUGGAGGAGAAUCUAGGAGCAAGUGAGAGUGCGGGUGAGACGGGGGAGAAUGGGGAUGAUGCUAUGACCUUGGUGCGGCCUAAUGGUAACCAGUCCGGGAAGGAGUAGCACGUCAUUGGCUUUUGAGGCGGCUCAAGAAGAGCGCUGGUGGGGCGGGGGAGAAAGGGUAUGAUGACUCUGGUUCGGCCUAGUGGGAACCAGUUCGGGGUGGAGUAGUCUGUCCUUGUGCUGUGUGGUACAGCCAUACUAGUGAGAGUGCUGUUGGUAAGGGGAUGCUCUGACCUUGGUGCGGCACAAUGGUAACCAGAUGGGUGGAGUGGUGUCUCCUAGGGCUAGGCAACCAUACCGGUGUCUAUUUCUUCGAAGGCUGCUAGAAGAUGGGCUAAUGGGAUCUAGACCGGGGUGGAGUGGUCUAUUCGUAUUCGAGCGCAAGCAUACUGUUCUUUCACAUUGUUUCAAGUAGGAAUUGGUAGCUGACUCCGGCCGUGUUGCCUCUUGUGUUGAGAUUGUUGAGGUACAUUGUACACACAUGACCAUCCAUUAUGCAC